AAAGAGUAACUUUUUUCUGUGCACUGAAUUAGCUGUGAGAAAAAUUUCGUACGGUUUGCUUACGCUGUUAAAACGUUAAAACCACGCACUUUGCCUGCAGUCCGACUGGUGCUCGUUUACAGCGCCGCCGCUGUUGAUGAUUAGCCACGUGAUCACAUUCCUGUUACUGGCGAGAGGGACCUGCCCAUCAAGUGAAGUUUGUUUACGAGCCUUUUUACGGUUUGAAUGUCGCAUUUAUCGAUGAAAGCGUUAUAACGUCAGUUCGAGUGCCUUGAGCUAUUCAUCGAGACUCCCUGCAUUCACAAUAUGCCUCCGGUCAAAGGUGAAGGGAUGCGUGGUCUCGCGGUGUUCAUAUCCGACAUCCGCAACUGCAAAAGUAAGGAAGCCGAAACGAAAAGGAUAAACAAGGAGCUCGCUAAUAUACGUUCAAAGUUUAAGGGCGACAAAACGCUCGAUGGAUACCAGAAGAAAAAGUACAUAUGCAAGCUACUGUUCAUCUUUCUUCUGGGACACGACAUAGACUUCGGUCACAUGGAAGCGGUCAACCUACUGAGUUCGAACAAGUAUUCCGAAAAGCAGAUAGGUUACCUGUUCAUUUUAGUGUUGAUGAAUGCAAAUAGCGAGCUGAUGAAGCUAAUUAUUCAAUCAAUCAAGAAUGACUUAGUUUCUCGUAACCCCAUCCACGUGAACCUUGCCCUGCAAUGCAUAGCCAACAUCGGCAACAUGGAAAUGGCGGAAACCUUUGGCCGGGACAUUCCUAAGCUGCUCGUUUCGGCAGAAACGAUCGACCACGUCAAACAGAGUGCAGCGCUGUGCCUUCUGCGUCUGUUGCGCACUUCACCCGAGAUAAUCCCGAGCGGAGAGUGGACUUCGAGGAUUAUACACUUACUCAACGACCAACGCAUGGGAGUGGUAACGUCAGCUGUCAGUCUGAUAGAUGCCCUCGUGAAAAAGAAUCCAGAAGAGUACAAGGGCUGUGUGCCACUUGCCGUAUCCCGGUUAAGCCGCAUCGUUAACUCCUCCUAUACUGACUUGCAAGACUACACGUAUUAUUUUGUACCGGCGCCGUGGCUCAGUAUGAAGCUGCUCCGCCUUCUUCAAAACUAUCCUCCCCCCGAGGAAGCGAGCGUGCGUGGCAGACUCAACGAAUGUCUCGAACAGAUCCUUAACAAAGCCCAAGAGCCGCCAAAAUCGAAGAAAGUACAGCACUCGAAUGCCAAGAACGCCGUUCUCUUUGAAGCCAUAUCGUUGAUCCUACACAUGGAUCGUCUGGGAGCUCUCAUUGAACCCAACUUGCUUGUCAGAGCGUGCAAUCAGCUAGGGCAGUUCUUGCAACAUCGUGAGACAAACCUGAGGUACAUGGCCCUGGAAGGCAUGUGCCUUUUGGCAACUUCCGACUUCUCUCACGACGCGGUCAAGAAACACCAAGAGACCGUCGUUACGGCUCUGAAAACCGAGAGAGACGUGAGCGUUAGACAGAAGGCGGUAGACCUGCUCUACGCGAUGUGCGACAAGUCCAACGCGGAAGUCAUCGUCGGCGAAAUGCUGGGUUAUCUCGAGACCGCCGAUUAUUCCAUCCGAGAGGAGAUGGUCCUCAAGGUGGCGAUCCUAGCCGAGAAGUACGCGUCGGAUUACACGUGGUACGUGGACGUCAUCCUCAACCUCAUCCGCGUUGCCGGAGACUAUGUCAGCGAGGAGGUCUGGUACAGGGUCAUCCAGAUCGUGACAAACCGCGAAGACGUCCAGGGUUACGCCGCCAAGAUGUGCUUCAAGGCGUUGCAAGCUCCCGCUUGUCACGAAAACAUGGUCAAGGUUGCCGGGUACAUCCUCGGAGAGUUCGGCAACCUGGUGGCCGGCGACCAGAGAUCGACCCCGAUCAUCCAGUUCCGUCUUCUGCACUCGAAGUAUCAUCUCUGUUCUGCCGCAACGAGAGGGUUGUUGCUGACGACGUACGUGAAAUUCGUAAAUCUCUUCCCGGAAAUCAAGCAGGAAAUCCAGAAGAUCCUGUGCAGUGACAGCAACCUCCGCUGCUCGGACGCGGAGCUUCAGCAACGGUCCAUGGAGUAUCUCGGGUUGAGUAAGGUGGCCUCCACCGAAGUCCUGGCCACGGUGCUGGAGGAGAUGCCGCCCUUCCCCGAGAGGGAGUCUUCGAUUCUCGCCAUGCUCAAGAGGAAGAAACCGGGACUCUCCGAGAAGAUAAGGAGGGAAACCGGUCUGAACCUGAGGGGAGUCGACUCUCCCAAGAACGGAAUCCAGGUUGUCACAAACGGAGGUCACGACGAGGACCUCCUGGGGCUCUCGCUGAAUUCGCCUCCGCAGCAGGACAACGUUCCGCUGAACGUCCUUCAAGAGACGUCACCAGUGUCUCCGUUCGAGAGCAACAAUAACGUGCUUCCAACCGUGACCACCAACGAGGAUGGGCUCCGCAAGCUUGUGGUACGGAACAACGGGGUGCUCUUCGAGAACGCUAUCCUGCAGAUUGGAGUGAAAGCAGAGUACAAGCUCCACCUCGGACGAGUCAGCGUCUUCUACGGCAACAAGACCACGCACCAGCUCCAGGGGUUUUCGUCCAUCGUCCUGUGCCCCAGCGACCUGUCUUCCAGGCUCAGCGUCAGCCUCCAGCCCGCGGAGCAGGUGAUCGAGGCCGGCUCGCAGGUCCAGCAGCUCGUCAACGUCGAGUGCGUGGACGAGUUCGUCGAAACGCCCGAACUCACAGUUCGGUUUGUCUACAGUGGUGUUCCUCAGACGUUGGCCCUCAAGCUGCCGGUGUUCCUGAACAAGUUCUUCGAGCCCGCAUCUAUGAACGCCGAGUCGUUCUUCACCCGUUGGAAGAACUUGUCGGCACCCGGACAGGAGAGCCAGAAGAUAUUCAAGGCAAAGUUUCCCAUGGACAUCCUGGCGGUCAAAUCUAAGCUGGCGGGCUUCGGCAUGCAGGUCUUGGAGGGCAUCGAUCCGAAUCCGAGCAACUAUGUGUGCGCCGGAGUGGUCCGCGCACGAGCCCAGCAGAUGGGCUGCCUUCUCCGCUUGGAGCCCAACGCGGAGGCGCUCAUGUAUCGCCUCACAGUUCGGAGCAGCAAAGUUAAUGUGGCAAAGAUAUUGGUGGACCUGUUACACGAACAGUUUUGAAGUUGCGUAAAAAAAGAAGUGCGCGACGUCGUGUUGGAAGAUAGAGACUGAUGUUGUAGAGCAGGCUGCGGGAGUGUUUAUAUUUCUACAAAAGUAUAUAUCCUGUUAUAAUAUAUGUACACACGUAUUGCUAAACAUUGUUUCAUGGUUUUCACUGUCUACAUUGAGCUGUCGCCCGUUGUUAACCAAUAAAUAUUUUUACUA